AUGGUUGAUACAACAUCAAGCGUUGAGAGCUCUGCUGGAAAUACAACCGGCUCUAGCAGCACUCCAGCUAUGGAUUCAAAUCAUCCAUACUACUUGCAUUCAUCUGAUGCACCUGGAAUGGCAAUUGUCAACACUCCUUUUGAUGGUAGAGGAUAUCAGGGUUGGAAGAGGUCUGUCCUUAUUGCUCUUUCAGCUAAGAACAAGUUGGGAUUCAUAACUGGUCUUCAUUUUGUUCCUGCAUCUGAUUCUUCAGAUCUGCAACCUUGGAGUAGAUGCAAUGACAUGGUGACUUCUUGGUUGCUCAAUUCACUUUCAAAGGAGAUCGCGGACAGUGUUAUUUAUUCAAGGACUGCUAAGGAUCUGUGGACUAGCUUAGAGCAUAGAUUUGGUCAAUCUAAUGGUGCCAAGCUUUAUCACCUGCAAAAGGAACUCAGCAGGUUAGUUCAAGGGAAUUCUAACAUUGCAGGAUACUUCACUAAACUUAAGAAAUUAUGGGAUGAGUUGGACUCUUUCAACUCCAACGUUAGGUGCACUUGUGUGUGCAAUUGUGAAGGAAAACAAAAACUGCAGAAGUCUAUGGAUGAUGAGAGACUGAUUGAGUUUCUCAUGGGAUUAAAUGACACUUAUAGUCAGGCUAGAGGAAACAUUUUGAUGAUGAGCCCCCUGCCCGACAUUAAUCUUGCUUAUUCUCUCAUUUUGCAAGAUGAGAAUCAGAGGGAAAGUUAUAUGAGCCCAUUCAUGCCCUCUGAUUCCUCUUCAUCUUCCUUCAUGGCGGGGAAUAUCAACCAAUACAAAAGUAAACAACCCCAGAGGUUUCAAAACUCAUCACAACAAAUUGGAGGGCCUGUUCCCAGAUCAAACAAUUUUCAACAAUCACAAGGUAGUUUUCCCAGAUCUAACAACUUUCAGCAAUCACAAAAGGGACCAAGGCAAUUUCAGAAAUUUAAAGGGAAGAAACCAAAGUAUGAUCCUAAUGCUAUUUGUACACAUUGUGGGAAGACUGGUCAUGUGGAUGAUAACUGCUAUCGGUUGAUUGGGUUUCCUGAGGAUUUUCAAUUCACACAUGACAAAGGACAGUAA